CAUGUCAUGUCAGUGAGUGAUAGUAGCGAUUUUAGUGGACUGAGCGAGUCGAGCGUGACUUCAGUCGAAUACUCGUCCUAUGAUGAUGACAGCCGUGAGUGUUGGAAAGAUGCGAACGUGGAAGGAUCUAAAUCUUCGCCUCCUUUACUCUGCACUACCGUGUCACACCAUCAUGAGCGUCAGAGGCUGGAUAAUUUCCGUGUCCCAGCAUUUGAAUCACACACCACUGUUCAAUGGCUUUCUUAUAACUCACUAUCAGCCCUCCAUCUCACUCUCAAAGAAAUUCUUCUGGCAUGUCAACCAAAACAACUCUCCAGCCCACAGUCUUCUGCUGAAGAGUUGAUACACGGAGAGAAGUUAGAUGGAUCGGAGUCAAGUUCGGUGAUUGUGUCAAGACUGGAUGUUGAUUUACAACGUCUGCAACCGUUUGAAACGAGGCUGGAGAGAGUUCUUGAACUUCAUGUGGCAAGAAGGAACUGGCUACUUCAAGGAAGUCGCAAGGUGUUUGGACAAUUGACUGGUAGCAGGGUUGCUGUGAUUUUUGAUGUGUCUGAGAGUACGUGUGGAUUGGGGCAACUUAGACUGUACAUAGAAAGUUUAAAGGAGCUGCUUCUCGAUCAGCUGAAGAGAAAGAGUGCAUUAUUUUUGGCAUGUAUUGGAUCAACAGUGUGGAGUUUAUGGGACCAAGUAGUAUCUAUUGAUGACGACAGGAUAAAACAAGCAACUGAUUGGAUUUUAUCUCUUAGUUCUUCACCAGGAUGCAAUGUAUUAGGAGCUCUUAGACUGGCUUUACAACAUAGAAAGCACAUUGAUGAAAUUACUUUAGUGAUGGGAGGAAGGCCAGAUCAGAGCAUGUCACUGAUUGUGGAUUAUGUCGCAGAGUGUAUGGUAGGUCAACCACUUCCCAUUCACACAGUAGCAUACAACUGCUCCGAGACAGACGUCCUGGAUUUCUUGAAGGAAAUUGCAUGUUUAUCAGGAGGAACGUAUCACUGUCAUUCUGAUGUUUUGCCUGACAGUGAAGAUAUCACGGGUCUUGAGAAAGAGAUACAAAGAGUGCAAGACGUGAUCGAUCACAUUAAGGCUCUAAAGUACGACGGCCGUGAACGUACACUGAGCCUGUUGCUGCGAGAGGUAUCUGAUGAGACUGAUUGGAUGUCACCAGUGGCAAGAACAUCGAGCUUCUUGACGUCGCCGUUGGUUCUCGAAUCAACCAAAAAGCAAUUUCAAGUUCGGACUUCUAAAGACUGGCUGCAAAGCUAUAGUCUCAAAAGUUUGGGUCUCACACUCUACCAGGUCUUGGCACCAAAUUCUUUUUCACAAAAGGAUGGCUAUUGUGCAAUCAUCAACAAGAAAGUCUCGGCUCACAUUUAUGAUGAUCACAUGGCUCAGAUAGCAUGGCAUGAUGGCAGCAUCAAAUAUGUGCAUGUUGAUCCUGCACAGCUGGAAGAUUAUCAACGUCAACUAGAUGGUUGUGUAGAAAUAUACAGAAAAAGGAUAGAUUGGCUCUGCAAUGGCAGUCGGAGAGUGUUUGGUGCGAUUACAGAGAAGAGAGUUGCUGUCUUAUUGGACAUCUCUUUUGCUAAUCUUGAACAAUUGAGUCGUUUUCAGGAACACUUUCGUCUCUUGCUGGAGGAGCAACUGUUUAUGGUGAAAGCAUUCAACUUGAUCUGUUUUGCAAGUGAAUCUACAAAGUGGAAACCAUCUCUAGUCGAAACCACAACAGAGAACCUUCAGGAUGCUUGGAGAUGGGUUAUUGGAUUGGACUUUGGUGGUUCAUGUAACUUGUUGUCAGCAUUUCGAAUGGCUCUAGAAUAUGAACAUGAUCCUGAGUUGAAUGAUGACCCUGAUGCUAUUUAUGUGGUAGUUAGCAAUCACCCAGAUCAAGAGCAGGUUGCUGUGCUGUCCUACAUCGAGGAGUGUCUGGUCGGUCGUUCGUUGACACUUCAUACAAUAUUCUAUGAUUCAUCAACAGGUGAUAUUCGUUCACCAAGAUCUACUACAACAAGACAUUAUGAUAAACAGGAAAUGAGUCAUUAUCUGUCAUCUCUGGCACACUCGACUGAUGGUCGAUAUCACACUUAUUCAGAUCUAGAGAGAGGCUGUGCAGAAGGCGAUGAUUUACAGGACAUUCACGAUGAGAUCACAAACUUAGAGAACUAUCAUAAUAAGGCUUCUCUGCUGUUGACAAGAGCUGAUCAGAUAUUUCAGAAUCGUCUGAUCACUAGAGAAAGUAUGGCAACACCGAUUACAGGAAAUGUUCUGUCUAAACAGCCACCCAGAGAGCCAAGAGAUACAGUGGCUUCCUUAGCCAGGAAGCGUUUUAUACACACACAGUGCACAAAAGAAUCAGAUCUUGUGUCACCAAAUUUGAAGCCAAAUCAAACUAGAUCUUCUCAACCGCGAUAUUUAAUUCACUCACAUUUCUACACUGGUUAUGGCAAUGCUAAAGUUAUGGCUUUGGACCAAGUUGUGUUACCAAAGCCUCCCUCGUUUAGUCUGAAAACAGUUAACAUUCCAAAGGUAGAAGAGAGACUGUCCAGCAAACUGUGGUUGAAAAAGUAUGGUUUAUCAAAAGUUUACUUGAAUCUAAAUCAUAUUGUUCGUGGACUGGAUUGUGGGCAUCGCACAGAGCACAUUGCAACAAUUAAUCGUGAAGCAGAAGCCUUGCAUUGCUGUCAUCAACCAGUUGUUACAAUCAAGGGUGUUGAGUGGCAUUUGAAAUUGAGAUUAGGUGAGCUACUAGAGUAUGAAUCUAAACUGCAACGAGUCAUAAAGAGAUAUGAGAAACGAUUGGAGUGGUUGAGAAGCGGCAGUCGCGGUGUGUUUGGAACAAUCCUUGAGGACAGGAUUGUUUUCCUCCUAGACACAUCGGGAACGAUGGCUCCGUGUCUACAUCAACUGAAAUUAGGAGCAGCAGCAUUGAUUUGGGAGCAGGUGCAUUGCAACAAAAUCAAGUUCAAUGUUGUUCGUUUCUCAUCAGAGGCAGUGACUUGGCAUGAAAGUCUAGCUGAACCUACAGAGGCGGCUUGUCAGUCUGCUGUUGAUUUUGUUUCAAGACUGACAGCAGAAGGGAGCACAGAUUUAUUGCAAGCUCUGGAGUUGUCCAUGAAGAUUCCAGGUGCAGCUGCUGUUUAUCUUGUUAUGAAUGGCAAACCUGAAAGAAGCAGGGAGACAUUACUGGAGGUCAUGAAUCGGUUGAAUGCUGAUCAUCACAUUCCUGUUCAUACAGUGUCGUUUGACUGCUCUGAUAGUGUGACAAACAGAUUGUUGAAAGAGCUGGCUCAUCAGACAUGUGGGAGAUUUCAUAGAUGUGUUGGAGGAAAUUGGACAAGUUCAUCUUGCCAGCAGGAUGCUUGUGAAGUUCCUUCAUUUGAAGGAGAUGAUCUUCAACAUCUAGCUCGAGAGAUCAAUAAAGCAAAGCAGUUUUUAGCUCAAUCAAGUUCAUACAGAAAACUACUCUGUCAAGGUAAACAACAAGCUGUACAAUAGUGGAAAGUUUCAUUUACCAAAACGAGAAGCAAAAUGGUAAUAGUACUGUUUUAUUUUAUUUUAAAUGAAUAGAGACAGACUAUGUCUAGAAUAGUUACACAUUAAUUUUGUUUAAAAUUUUAAUGAGUAUAAAUCUAUAGAUAUCA